ACUUUUUUUGGCGCGUCACCGGAAAUGGACAUUCAGGAAAUGCACCAGUCACAUCGGGAGAAAUGCUUUCAGCAACAGAGCAUUAGUAUUUCUGUAACGCUUUUGUGAAAGGUGUUCACUGAUGUUGACUGGAUGUAGAAACCUUUCUUGGACAUUUGUGUCACUCACCCAUAGGAGACUUUGUACUAGGAGGGGCUUUACGGGCUCACAGGCUGCUCUCCGCUCCCUUGCCUCAACACUGCCAUCCAUCCCUUCAUUUUCUCACAGUCACAGCUUCCUCACAAGCCAGCACACCUCAGUCCCCCUCCACUCCUCUCUUCACCCGUCCCCCACUCGCUGCCUGUCUCGUUCUGCUCCUUGUUCAGGUCUGAUGGAGCUAAAGGAAGUCCUGCAGGUGUUGGAGCAGCUCGCUCCUCUGUCCCUGGCUGAGUCUUGGGACAAUGUGGGCCUGCUGGUGGAGCCCAGCAAAUCUCGUCCUGUUAAAACCAUCCUGCUGACCAACGACCUCACAGAUGCUGUCAUGGAAGAAGCAGAGGCCAUGAGCUGUGACCUCAUUAUCUCAUAUCACCCUCCGUUGUUCCGACCAAUCAAGCGUUUGGUUCAGAAGGACUGGAAGCAACGAUUGGCCGUGCGGGCCGUGGAGGCCAGGAUAGCCGUCUUCUCCCCUCAUACUUCCUGGGAUAGUGUUAAAGGAGGAGUGAACGACUGGCUGGUGGGAGGACUUGGUAGCGGCCAGGUGUCCGUGCUGAGUCAGGCCCUCGGUGGCGCCUCGCACAGUCAUAAACUGGAAUUCACAGUUAAGAGCACAGAGGAGCUAAACACUAUUAUGGAGGAACUGAAGGCGUGCGACAGUGAAACAGCACUACAGCAUUCAGUCAGCAGAUCAGACAGCAGUGGGAUCCACGUCAGUGUAACCUGCGGUGACUCAGCGCUGACCCCCAGUGUCCAGACUCUGCUACGACACAACGCUCCCAGCCUGUCCCUCAGCAUCCUCAAGUUAGAAAAACCGCCUCUCCCGGGCCACGGCCAAGGACGAUUUAGUGUUUUGGACCAGCCUGUAACCGUAGCAACAGCCAUCCAAAAGAUGAAAUCCCACUUGGGUCUGAGUCACCUCCGUUUGGCUCUGGGAUCGGGGCAGACUCUAGAGUCCUCUGUGUGCACUGUGGCUGUGUGUGCUGGAUCUGGGGCCUCAGUGCUGAGCGGAGUCAAGGCAGAUCUUUACAUCACAGGUGAGAUGUCCCACCAUGAAGUGCUGGACGCUGUGGCGAAGGGAACUAACGUCAUCCUCAGUGACCAUAGCAACAGUGAGCGUGGAUUUCUGGCAGUGUUCAGGGAGAAGCUGGCUGUGCGUCUUCCUGACACUGUAACAGUGGCGGUGUCGAAGGCUGACAGAGACCCUCUGGAGGUGGUCUGAGCACGAGUUAGUCUGUUGGAUACAUUUUCACUGCUUUGAUUAGAUAAAAUGAACAAAGAGUACUCUUUGCUUUUUCACAUGGAUGUGUGUGAUAGCGGUGCAUUGAAAAAAAAAACUAUUCUCCUUGCAGGCUUUUCAUAUAAAGUGAGUAUUUCACAGUAUUUGAGCCACAUGCAUAAUAAAAAGUGCAUAGUACAUGUUGUGCUAUUUAUCAUGUAUUUCUGGCAGAGUCUUAAUAAAAAUGGGUUCUGGUUGAUCACAAAAA